AUGCUCUUCAGCAGCUUGUUCUGUGACUCGACAUCAUCGGAGAACUUUUUUGGUCAUCCUGGUGUUGAGAGAUGCCCAUUCAUGGGGAACAUCAAUGGAGCCACAACCUUUUCAUUUUCUUCUGCUUUGCCUGUAGCUGCUCGGGGAAAUAAGGGCCUGAUCUUUGAGGAUGAACCAGGCUUUGAGUCAGCAUUCAAGAUUUUCCAUGAACUAUCAGCCUUUGGACCAUCUGGGUUUAACUUCUAUAAUGGCAAGGGCAAAAAGCAGAACAAGAAGCUCAACAAUCUAGACCAUUCACACAAGAAGCCCAACAAGCCAGAUCAGAAUUCCAUGAAGGCAAGAGGCAGAAGCUGGAGCGACAGCCGUGGUGCCGUGGAAGUGGCGUGUCAUGGAGGCAGAGUUGGUCAGUGCAAAGUUGUGCGAAGCGAAGCCAGGCUACACAGACAAGCAGGCCGAGGGCGAAGGCGUCCGGGUGCCACAGAUGGAGGCGCUGGGACAGGGUGGUGA